AUGGACGCUGAGUCGCUUUUGCAGUGCUUUGCCUGCACCUUGGAUCCGAAUGCUGCUGUGAGAGCCGAGGCCGAACAGCACCUGAAGCGGGAAAGUAGCCGACCGGGCUUUCUUGCCGCUUGUUUGGAUAUAAUUGCGUCUAAUAAUAUCCCCGAUAAUAUCAAGAUGUCUACAUCGUUGUAUUUUAAGAAUAAAAGCGUUUACGGAUGGAGCGGUAAUAGCGCUAACAGAAACGAGGCACUGAAUUUCGAAAUAGAUAAUGACGAGAAGCCCGUUAUCAAGGAUUCGUUGAUCAGCACUAUGUUAGAAUGCUCGAAGAGCUCUCCGGGCUGUAUAAGAGUGCUUAAGUCUGCCUUAGCGGUCAUAAUAGCCGAAGAGUACCCCCAUGGGCGGUGGAACUCACUGCUUCCAAAGGCUCUGGAGCUACUGUCCACCGAUGAUAUGGAUGCAGCUUACGUGGGGCUGCUAUGUCUUUCGGAGAUUUUUAGAACUUAUCGAUGGAAGGAUAAUGACUCUAGACAGGAGUUAGAGCAUCUGAUCCCUCGAUAUUUCCCGGAUUUCCUUCGCUAUGCUAAUGAGCGCCUUUUGAAUGAAGGAAGGAAUAUGGAUAAUCGAAAGAUUGGCGAAAUGUUAAAACUUCUCUUGAAAAUUUACAAGUUUGUUACCUAUCAUGAUCUCCCUUUCACACUGCAGAAAAACGAAAUGCUGAUACCAUGGGCCAACCUCUUCGUUGCCAUUGUCCAAACGCCUCUUUCUCAGCAGACCUUGUUCAUCGAAGAUAAGGAAACCAGAAAGCAAAAUCCAUGGGUCAAGUGCAAGAAGUGGUCUUACGCUAUCCUUUAUAGACUCUUUCAAAGAUAUGCUUCAGAUUCGCUGACGAGGAAAUUCGACUACAAUGAGUUUAAAGUGAUGUUUCGCGACGAGUUCUUUCCAAGCUUCCUGCAAUUACUGUUUCAGCAGGUCGAGCAAUGGGGCAGUGGCCAAUUGUGGUUGAGCGACGCCUGUAUCUAUUACAUCCUAUCUUUCAUCGAACAGGCAAUAGUUCAAAAGCACACAUGGAAACUUAUAAAAGAGCAUUAUGACACUAUUCUGGAAUAUAUCAUUUUUCCUUUACUUACUCCUGAUGAAGAUUCUCUUGAUAGCUUCGAAAACGACCCACAGGAAUAUAUCCAUAGGAACUUGGAGUUGUGGGACGACAGUUAUUCGCCGGAUCUCGCCGCUGCAUCUCUCUUAACCACAGCGGUCAACAAGCGUGGAAAGUCCACUUUAGAGCCUACCUUGAAGUUUGUCAUCAGCAAGUUGCAAGCCAAUGUUGGGGACUUACCGAACUUGCAGAGUGCAGUGAAAGUGGAGUCAUGUUUAAGGAUUUUUUCCUGCAUUAUCGAUCGCUUAACGGUCAAUAAUUCUCCCUACAUGGGACAAAUGGGAAAUUUCCUUAAGGACUUUGUUUUCCCAUUUUUCAAUUCACCCCACGGAUUUCUGAAAGCUCGUGUAUGCGAGAUAUGCUCAAAAGUUGGAGAUGUUGAUUUUGAUGAUUCCACGAUGAUCGGCGAUAUCUACUCUGGCAUCAUGCGCUGCUUGAACGACGAAACAAGCGCCCUUCCGGUUCAAUUGCAGGCGGCAUUAGCACUUCAAACUUUUAUACAUGAUGACAAGUUCCAACAGGCGCUAUCCACUGUUGUCCUACCGACCAUGCAAAAGCUACUGUCUUUGUCAAAUGAGUUUGAGUCCGAUACAAUUUCUGGCGUUAUGCAAGAUUUUGUAGAGCAAUUCGCGGAACAGCUACAACCAUUUGGUGUAGAAUUAAUGAAUACUCUGGUUCAGCAGUUUUUGAAACUUGCCAUUGAUCUCAAUGAGGCAGCAAGCGUGGAUCCCAAUUGCCUUGCAGAGUCAGAGGAAAUACCUGACGAAACGGACAAGCAGAUGGCUGCUCUUGGGAUACUUUCAACAACGAUUUCCAUUUUGCUUUCCUUCGAAAGUUCUCCAGAGAUUGUCAAAAAUUUAGAGCAGUCAUUUUACCCAGCGGCCGAGUUCAUUCUAAACAAUAACAUCGAGGAUUUUUACCGCGAGUGCUGCGAGUUCGUAGAGAACUCGUCAUUUUUGCUGAGAAGUAUAAGCCCGAUUUCUUGGAAAAUACUUGAACUCAUCGGCCAAGCUAACAGGAAGGAAGAUAGCAUGAUAUCGUUUUACUUGGAAGACUUCAUGGUUGUUUUAAACAACUAUCUGAUGUACGGUAAGGAAGAGCUGAAGAAGAACGAAUUCUACAGCAGAAUUGUGUGGGAAAUAUAUCAGAAAUCUGCCAUCACCGAGGAUUCUGAUCUUGACGAACUGGUUAUAACCUUUGAUUUGGCCCAAAAACUCAUGUUAGCGCUUGAAGAUCGUCUGCCGCCGCAUCAUAGACAAAAGUUCCUUGAAGACGCCAUGAAAGCUAUCGUGCAAGAGAAAAAAAUACUGAGGAAGAACGUAGUCUUCGGUGUUACCGCUUUCAACGUGAUCAUCGCUAGUGUCAUUUCUUCUCCAUUGCUUACUUUGCAGUUUUUGCAACACCACAAUUGUCUGGAAUUAUUCUUCGAGACGUGGCUUUCGUUCUACGCUCCAAACGUCAAGAGGACAUAUGAUAUCAAGCUAUCAAUUCUGGCAUUACUGAGUAUGAUGUGCCAAAUCACCCCCGAAAGCUUCGCCCAGUUAUCAAUGGAAUCGGUAGUCCAGAUUCUCCCUUCGACGAUGAUCGGGCUGAUAUCGAGGUUCCCAGCGGCAUUGCAACAGAUGGAGGCAAGACGAAAGGAAUACACAACAGACUCUUUUAAAGCUGAAUCCUUCAACGAUUGGGAAAAUGACGAAGAAGCUUAUGAUGACAACGAGGUCGACGGCGAAGAGCACCUAAGGGAGCAACUGGAGCUCUUGAAAGGCGACUCCGACGUUUUAAACUUUGUUAACGGGCAAUCUUUUACUGAUGGUGAAGAUUUCGAUAGCCUAGAGGAAGAUCCACUGACGGGCUCCAUAUUAGAUCCAAUCAACAUUUACGACGUCCUCAAGACAUCCAUGGAGAGCCUGCGGGAGUCAAGCAAUGGCUCUUACACGGCAAUAAUAGAGGGCAUGACGCCUGACGAUCGCAACGUCCUGUCGCAGCUGUUGCUCCUGUAA